CACCCCGCCGAUAGAGGAAGUCAUUCAGCACCGUUAGUCACAUGUAUUUCACCGUUGAGAAUUCUAAAGAAUGACCAAUCUCUCCAGUUAGCCAGGAAGUUGCUCAAAUGGCGGAGAGCAGCAGAGAAACCCGCACUGAUGUUCAAACCUUAAAGACAAGUGACCAUCUUCGAGAGCUUCGUCGAUGGCUUUCCCCCCCCAAUGCAUCAGAAAAUUAUAACAAUGGCAUCAAGCUGCGCCAUGGAGAUUCUGGCCAAUGGCUUCUUCAGAGUGAAGAAUAUUCUUCGUGGAAAUCCCAGCCCAACUCCUUUUUGUGGCUUCAAGGCAUUCCCGGGUGCGGCAAGACCGUGCUGUCUUCUAUCAUCGUCAAAGAUCUGGAAGAUGGUAGUUUUAAGAGCGUACUAUACUUCUUUUUCGACUUUACCAAUAGCGAUAAGCAGCUAUUCGGCAAGGCGCUCAGCUCGCUCGUCCUGCAGCUCUAUUGCAAAAACAAGGAUGCUCAAAAGCCCUUGGACUCGCUUUAUGACUCUUGCGGAAAAGGAACAAGUCAACCAAGUACCGAUGGGCUCUUUGCGACGUUCCAAAGCAUGUUGCAACGCGCUGGUGAAAUCCACAUAGUCCUCGACGCACUCGAUGAGUGCCAGACGCGCAAAGAAUACCCAACCGGAGGCCUCUUGACGUCGAUAGAAGCUUUGGCAACAUUCCAACAUCCCAACGUCCAUUUUUUAGUCACAGCGCGUCCUGAACAAGAUAUCACGUCUUCUAUCAAAUCAUGGGCUCGCAACCAGGACAUUAUUCCAAUUCAGAGCGGGCGAAUUGCGGAUGAUAUAUUUGCAUACGUUAAAGCAAGAGUUCGAAAUAAUAAAGGCCCUCUGAAAAGAUGGAACGAGUGGCCUGAAGUUGAAGUUGAAAUUGAAAUCGGGUUAUCAAAGAAGGCAAAUGGAAUGUUUCGCUGGGUUACGUGCCAGCUAGACGCACUCGAAAAUUGUCUUGACUAUCCGACUUUACAAAAAGCACUCAACUCCCUACCUAUGACGUUGGAUGAAACAUAUGCUCGGAUCUUGACCAACUUGCCUCGCGAGCAUGAGCAUCAUACAAGACGUCUUCUGCAGUUUUUAGCAUAUUCCGAACGCCCACUGACAAUCGAAGAAGCCGUUGACGCGAUUGCUGUUGACACAGCCAACAGCCCUCGGUUUAAUAAGAAAAACAGAAUGCCGGUCCCUGAGGAGAUUUUAAGCUACUGCUCUAGCUUGGUUGUAUUGAAUGUCAACAGUUGGGAAAAUGGGGAGGCCAUACAGGAACUUCAGCUUGCGCACCUAUCAGUGAAAGACUAUCUAUUGUCUAAUAGAGUGCCACAAAGCUUUGGCAAAGACUUUAACGAAGCGACCGCCAGUGCCUCCAUUGCACAAGUAUGCCUUGCAUACUUAUUGGAGUUAGACAAAAUCCUUCCAGUCAAAGAGCUUCGACAGUCAUGCUGGUUGGCGCAAUAUUCUGCACGAUACUGGAUGGAUCAUACCGUCGUGGUAGAGAGUGGUAACAAACAACUUUGUGCACUCAUUGCGGAAUUCUUCUCUUGCGAGGAUGCUUGGACAAUUUGCUAUACACUCUACGACCCUGAAGACCCAUGGGAGCGCACCAAGCAACCAAGGCGAUACGACAUCUCGUUAGCUCUAUAUUAUGCGUCACUUGGUGGCUCAUGCUUUUCGGUGCAGCUGCUGCUUGAAAUGAAUGCCGACGUUAAUUCUCGACACGGUUACUACGGCACUGCUCUAUAUGCUGCUAUGCGCAAAGGACACGAUAAAAUAGUUCAGAUGCUGCUUGAAAAAAAUGCCGACAUCAAUAUUCCGAGCCCUCAUUACGCCAAUGCUCUCCAGGCUGCUUUACUUUCUGGACAUGAUAAAAUAGUCCGGAUACUACUUGAUAACGGUGCUAAUGUUAAUGCACAAGACGGAAAAUUCCAUGAGGAUUUUACGGUAAUGCUCUCCAGGCGGCUUCAUACUAUGGACACGAUAAAAUAGUGCAAAUGCUGCUUGAUAAGGGUGCCGACGUCAAUGCUCAAGGCGGAUACCACGGCGAUGCUCUCAAUGCGGCUGCAAGAAGAGGAUACGAUAAAACAGUGCAAAUGCUGCUU